UCACACUAUUAGUGUGUGGAUGCUACUGCUUCACUAAUGAAACCUGAGAGAUGAAACAUUGUUUUCCACCUGAGACGUCCGAGGACGAGCUUCUGUUUACAGCUCAAUACAAACACUGCUGGACCUGAACCCGAGUGUGAGAACUAUCGAUCCAGGGAGUUUUCUAAAAGUGUUUGUAACAAACCAACAUGUCAGAAAGUCUCCUGCUCUCUCCCAGGUCACAUGUCAACGACAACACCACCAUGAUCAAACUGCAGAAGCAGCUGGCCGACCGGUCCGACGCAGUGACGGAGCUGGAGGCUCGAUUCCUGCAACUACAAGAGAGUCAGCGGAUGCUGAAGGCCAGCUACGACGCGGCGAUGCUGAAGGUGGACGAGCUGUUGGCUCAGCUGAAAGACGAGAGGCUGAAGAGUCUGGAGAUGAAGAAACGGCUGCAGAGCUCCAACUCAUCCAAGAUGGGGAUGGAGCAGCUGCAGCAGCAGAUCGGUGAAGUUCAGCAGGAGAGAGACGAGCUGAGGGAGAACAACGAGAAGCUGCUGAGCAGCGCGUUCGACGUGUCUCAGCAGCAGAGGUGGCAGAUCCUGGAGCGGCAGCUGAAGCUACAGAUCGCACAGCUGGAGACGGCGCUGAAGGCCGACCUGGUCGACAAGAACCAGAUCCUCGACAAGAUCCAGGCUGAGAGAGAUCUAAAUGAGAAGCUGAUAGAAGAAAAGAAGAAGCUUCAGAUCCAGUUUCUGGAACAGAAGCAACAAGCAGAAGAUCUCAGGGGUCGUGUGAAGUCCCCUCGCACGGAGAAGGAUGAGGCUGAACUCACCGAGGCUCUUCUUCUCAUUCAAAAACGUAACGCUCAGCGGAGCAGUGACCUGGGCUUCCUGUGGGAGGCGGAGGGGGGGGGGAGCAGCUCCGUCCAGGAGCUUCGAGCCGCUCACGCAGAAACCAUCCAGGAGCUGGAGAAGACCAGAAACAUCCUGAGCACGGAGAGCAAAAUCAGCAACAACUACAAGGUGGAGCUGGAAGCUGUUGGACGGAAGCUGAACAGCGACAGAGGAGAGUUCGGGCAGAAGCUGGAGCGUCAGGCGCAGCUGCUCGACUGCAGAACAGCGAAGAUCAAGAAACUGGAAGCUCAGCUCAGAGACAUUGCCUACGGCACCAAAACGUACGUCUUCCAACCAGACGUCCCCGAGGAGGAUCAGGCAGAGGAAGCUCUUCAGCUGGAGCUUGGAGAGAACCUGGUGGAGCUGCAGAUCGUCAGGGCCUCACUGUCUCCCUCGGCCCUGGGUCUCCUGGGCGAGGACGGCUGCUCCACCUUCUGCACUUACACCUUCUAUCUGUUUGAGCCACAUGCCACUCCGGUGGUGACGGGCCAUACGCCGGAAUACGGUUUCACGUCCAAGUACGUGGUGAGCGCAGACGAUCGCUUCCUGGACUACCUCCACCGAAGCUCUGUCACCGUGGAGCUGCACCAGGCGCUGGGCCUGGACUGGAGGACGCUGGCGAGGGGACAGCUUCGCCUGCAGCAGCUGCUGGAGCAGGACGGGAAGGUCCACGGGACGCUGGCGCUGGUCGCAGCUGCGUCUGGUGGGCCGGCGUCUGGUGGGCCGGCGUCUGGUGGGCCGGCGUCUGGUGGGCCGGCGUCUGGUGGGCCGGCGUCUGGUGGGCCGGCGUCUGGUGGGCCGGCGUCUGGUGGGCCGGCCUCGGUGGGCUCGCUGGACUACUGGCUGAGGCUGAGGAUUCCCAUGACAGAAACCAUCCGCCUGUUUAAAGACAGGCUGAAGCUGCACCAGGAGGCCCAGGUACCGAGCCCUCAGCUGCACCAGGAGGCCCAGGUACCGACCCCUCAGCUGCACCAGGAGGCCCAGCUGCAGCCGGGGAUCAGGAACGAUCUGUCCAUCGCCGUCCUUCGCUGUGGCGCCCUGAGGUCCGGAGGCUCCCGGCAGCCCAGUCCCUACGUGGUCUACAGAUUCUUCGACUUCUCGGACCACCCCACCGCCGAGGUUCAGGACAGCUGCGACCCCGACUUCAACGACCUCCACUCCUUCUCUGUGCUGACGGACGUGGUUCUGGACCAGUACCUGAAGGCUGAGCAGCUGCAGUUCUACGUGUUCGACUACAGGGAGCAGCAGAUGGACACGUACCUGGGGAAGGCCGGAGUUCACCUGCUGCCGCUGGCUCAGGACCAGAACAUCUCAGGAGUGUUUGAGCUGAGCGACCCCUCUGGACUCCCUGCUGGACACAUCGAAGUGACCCUGAAGUGGAAGUCUGCUUACCGCCCUCCGUCCGGCUCGGGAGAGACGGCCGCACAGGAAGCUGAGCGCAGAAGAGAGCGAGGUUGGGAGGAAGAGAGGACAGAUGUGGAAGAGACGCUGCAGGACGACAAGGAAGCUGGACUUUGUCUUCGUCCCUCCUCGUCUCUGCCUGAUCAUUCUGCCUCGAAGGUUCCGUUUCCAAAACCUCGACAGAAGAAACGAGUGGAGGACGAACUGGCUGCCAAAAGAGUUUCCUUCAUGGAUCCGUCCGUUGUGUUACUGGAGGACACACACAGUGAGGGACAGCUGCUGCUUGUGUUACUGCCCUCGGAGCGAGUGCGGGUGGAGGUGGUGUCUCUGAGCCUGAGGGCGGAGUCUCGUGUGGCGAUGGACAGCAGCGUGGUGCGUCUCUUUGUGGAGUACUGUCUCCUGGAUCUGCCCACAGAGGAGACGCCCAUGUCUCUCCCCAAACCCCCCCAGGGCAAGAGCCUCAGCUUCAACCACAGCAAAGUGGUUCCUGUGGACGCUGAGAACAACGGGCCGCGGCGGCGGCUGCUGAGGGCCGUGCUGCAGGGGCGGCGGCCUGAGAUGGAGAGAAUCAAGUUCACGGUGGUGAGUGAGCCUCCAGAGGAGGAGGAGCAAGAGAGGGAGUGUGAGGACGUGGGCGUGGCCUUCGUGAGGAUCCCAGAGAUCCUGGAGAGACGACGAGACCUGAUGGAGACAACACUCCCAGUGGUGGAUGUUGUCGACAGCUCUCAGGUUGUCGGCAGUCUCGUUGUGUCAGUGGAAGGACUGGAGGCUCUCCAGGCCGUCAUGGAGGACCAGGACCGGGACGUCGACAUCACAUGACGCCGUUAGCGUGACGAAACACACACGUGAAGCAGCUGGUGAAGUACAACAAUCAUGUUGUGUCCCAGGUUGUCAUGGUUUGUGCAGCAGGUCUGAAAGGUCACAACCUCAA